AUGAAACUCUUCUUCUUUUUCCUCUUUAUUCUUCCUUUUGUAAAACCUGACUUAACUUCCGAACGCGCCGCCCUCUUAAACCUACGCGCCGCCGUUGGCGGCCGUACCUUUCUCUGGAACACCACCUCUGCAACUCCAUGUAACUGGUCCGGCGUCAAAUGCGACCAAAACCACACUCACGUUGUCGAGCUUCACCUCCCUGCCGUUUCACUCACCGGUAAAAUCCCCGCCGGUGUAUUCUCCGACCUCCGUAACCUCCACACACUCAGCCUCCGUUUCAACUCCCUUUCCGGUCCUCUCCCCUCAGACCUCUCCGCUCUCACCUCACUCCGUAACCUCUACCUCCAGCAGAAUCUCCUCUCCGGCGAACUCCCGGCGACAUUCUUCCAUCUCACCGGUCUAGUCCGUCUGAAUUUAGCUUCCAAUAACUUCUCCGGCGAAAUUCCGGUUGGGUUUCAAAACCUAACCCGGUUGAAAACCUUAUACCUUCAAAACAACCAGUUCACCGGUUCUCUUACCGAGUUGAACCGGGUCGAACUCGCUCAGUUUAAUGUCUCAAAUAACAACCUAAACGGUUCAGUUCCUGAAAAGUUGCAAACUUUUGGUAAAGAUUCGUUUUUGGGUAAUAAUCUCCUAUGUGGAAAACCCCUAAACCCUUGUCCUAAUGAAGGAAGUGCAAGUAGUGGAAAUGGAGGUGAAAAUAGAAACUCUUCUGUGGUUGGUGAUAAUCAAGGGCUUGUGAAGAACAAGGAGAAAAGCAAAUUAUCUGGUGGUGCUAUAGCUGGAAUUGUUAUUGGGUCUGUUGUGGUUCUUUUGUUUGUAGUUUUUGCUUUGAUUGUUAUAUGCAAGAAUAAAAAUGGUGAAAAAACUAGUUCAAUUGAUGAAGUUGCUGCAACUUUGAAGCAUAAUCAGCAGGAUGAGGGGAUACAUAGUGAGAAUGUUGGAAAUGGGAAUGGAAAUGGAAAUGGAAAUGGGUAUUCGUCGGCCGCAGCUCUGGUGGUGCCGGCCGCGGUGAGUGAAGGUGUGGUUGUUGGUGGUGGUGAGAAAAAGUUGGUGUUUUUUAGGAAUUGGGGUAAGGUGUUUGGUUUGGAGGAUUUGUUAAGAGCUUCUGCUGAGGUAUUAGGAAAAGGAACUUUUGGGACAUCUUAUAAGGCAGUUUUGGAGGUUGGUCCCGUGGUUGUGGCUGUGAAGAGACUAAGGGAUGUGACCAUUUCGGAGAAGGAAUUUAAGGAGAAGAUCGAGAGGGUCGGAACAAUGGUUCAUGAGAAUUUGGCACCUCUUAGGGCUUACUAUUAUAGUAGAGAUGAGAAGCUUCUUGUUCAUGAUUAUUUGCAUAUGGGAAGCUUAUCUGCACUUUUGCAUGGAAACAAAGGAGGAGGUAGGACACCUCUGACUUGGGAAAUGAGAACAGGUAUUGCACUCGGAGCUGCUCGUGGUAUCGAGUACCUACAUUCGCAAGGGCCUAACGUUUCACAUGGAAACAUAAAAUCAUCUAACAUCCUUCUAACCAAGUCCUAUGAUGCGAGAGUAUCUGAUUUUGGUCUCGCACAUCUUGUUGGUCCUUCAUCCACACCCAACAGGGUAGCCGGUUACCGUGCUCCCGAGGUAACCGAUCCUCGAAAAGUAUCUCAGAAAGCCGAUGUAUACAGCUUCGGUGUACUACUCUUGGAACUUCUUACCGGAAAAGCUCCAACUCACGCCCUCAUGAACGACGAAGGAGUGGACCUUCCAAGAUGGGUGCAAUCGGUUGUUAAAGAAGAAUGGACCUCCGAGGUCUUUGAUCUCGAACUACUUAGGUACCAAAACGUUGAAGAGGAAAUGGUUCAGCUGUUACAACUUGCAGUAGAUUGUGCAGCAACGUACCCCGAUAACCGCCCUUCGAUGUCGCAAGUCAGACAGCACAUAGAAGAGUUGCAUAAGUCUAGCUUGAAAGAGGGUUCUCGUGACCAAAUUCAACACCCUGAUUUGAUCAAUGACAUAGAUGAUAUCUCUUCUAGAUGA